AUGGCCACGCCUCCGUCCACAACCACCAAGCUUCUUGGCCCGACGACUCCAUUCAAGCAACCAAGCACGUGCGAGUCAAACUUUGCUGAAACAAGCGCCUUGUCAACAAACAAUAAGACAACAUACACUGUGCCAGUUCUUCAAUCAACAGCCAAGCCAUCAUGCUAUCCACCUGCUUGGAAGGAUGCUGCACUCGAGAGUCGCUUCGAUUUCUAUCCAGCGGUAUGCCCCAGCGGCUGGGUCUACUAUUCCAUGGGAAUCGACCAAAUGGAUGAUGAUAUAUCCACAGCCUGGUGCUGCAACGCCGGUUGCACUUUAUUACAAGGCGACAAGUUUGAGAACCUUGUUAACGGUGACAUGUUCCAUAGGGGCGAAGAUUGUGGACGCUGGGUGCCUAACACUGGUGGCGCGCAAUAUACCACACCAGCCAAUGAAUCUCUGGUGUUUCAUAAAGCUUGGACUGUGUCAUGGAACAAAACAGACACAUCGACACUGACUCCGCAGCUUCCUACCCUGACCAACGAUAUGAAGGUUCCAACAUGGACCCCCGGGGAAAAGAUCCCUGAUGGGAAGUACGAUGCAAAUCCACGGUCUGGGGGAAAAUCUAUAACAAUUGGUGUACCUAUUAUUGUCGUGGCACUUGUUCUUAUCAUGGCUUACGUUGGUAUACGGUGGUACAGAAAGAAACAAAGGAGACAGAGGGGGAUGGCUAGAGCUGCACAAUAA